CUACGGAAUACAGACACACACACACACACACGCGCGCGCACGCGCACACGCACGCGGGGGAGGCAGGAGGCUGUGCGGCGGAUGAGAUGCCGACCCAGAAGACCCGAGUCCGGUUCUGACAUCGAGGCUGUCUGGUUUCAUCCGGAAAGAAAGAAACAGAACAAAAUAGAUAAAAGGCUCCCGGGUCUUUCUUUCUUUUUUCUUCUUUUUUUCCUCCUCCUCUUCCUCUUCAUCCCGGACUCAGAUGCGUCCUCAUCUCAGCUUCGGCUCUGGAUCGUAGCAGCAGCCGCGCCGAUGGUGUGAGAGGGCGCGGAGGUGCCGGACGGGACUAUUACAGGAUGAGUGAGGGGAACCCGGGGAUCAGAAGUAAAGGUGCUCUCCUGGUGAUGGUGCUGGUGGUCGGCGUCUGGGAGAUGACCGUAACCACGGCAGCAGCUAGAGCGGCGCUCCCCGUCCCGACGGGGACCUGCGAGGUGGUGGCGCUGCACCGCUGCUGCAACAGGAACAAGAUCGAGGAGCGCUCCCAGACCGUCAAGUGCUCCUGCUUCCCGGGCCAGGUGGCCGGAACCACCAGGGCGGCCCCGUCCUGCGUCGAUGCCUCCAUCGUGGAGCAGAAGUGGUGGUGUCAGAUGCACCCGUGCCUCGACGGAGAGGAAUGCAAAGUCCUCCCGGAUCUGAAGGGCUGGAGCUGCGCGACGGGGAACAAGAUCAAAACCACCAAGAUUUCGGCGGACAAAGAGCAGCUUUGGUAACGCGAGACGCUCCACAGCCGAGUCCAGGCGAGCCAACACUUCCGGCCUUUGGCAGAUCAUCACAAGAGAAUUAAUUCAAAGGACCUUUCUGUAAAUAGAGACUCUGGACUGCCAUUAAUCUUUGGGAAACUCUUCUUGGACUCUAUGGACAUCAAGCACUGAUCACUCAGCACUUCUUUUGGAAGGACUCCAGACGAUCAGCCUUACCGGACGACGGGAUUUAUUCUCCGACAUUUUACGGCUUGUAGUGGAACACAACGGUGAACUUUGCCUGUGUGUUCAUAUCUAGAGUAACGUGUGCGUGACAGGGGACUCGCACGUCACGCGUGGACCAGUGCAGCAGGUCAGUUUGUUGUAAGCAUCGCAAAAUACUCAAUAAGAAAUGUGAUAUUUUUUGUUUUGUUUCAUCGGUCAAUUGUGGCUUUCUCCUAUAGCGAUGUGUAGUUUCGAGGGUUCGAACUUCGAUGAAAAUAAGUGGCCGAGCUGCAGACAUUCAGGGUGACUUUCAAAGAAAUACACAACCACAUUUAUCAUUAUUGUUAAUGCAGAGUGGCGCAAAUUAAACCCAAUUCAAUUUGAAACCCUCCAACAUUAUGAGACCCGCUGAACUGACCUGGCACCGUGACACGGAAACCGCUGAACUGAGCCAGCACCGUGACUCGGUAACCGCUGAUUCAAACCGCUGAACUGAGCCAGCGCCGUGAUUCGGUAACCGCUGAUCGGAACCUAGCGGAGAGUCGGAGAACCAGUCGUGGUUUAUCUUUCCUUUUUUUUAAAAUCACUUUUCUUGCCACUUCCCGCCACUUCUGCCAGAAUUUAGACAACGGCAGUGUAAAUUACUGGUCACCGGCCGAGUGACGACAAAAACGACCCCCGAAGCGUUGGUUUUUUUCCCGACUCGUCGCUCGAGUACGAUUGGCUGGUCACCUUUCAGUAGGUAUCGCUGACACUUCCUUUGUCUGUGCAAGUGAUGACAUCAGUAAUAAACUAUG